AUGCAAGAGGACCUCCAGCGCAUGGAGCUCGAGGCUACUUCCGUUGAACCACGAUCACAAACCGAUUCAGGCCCAGGUCCUCGUCACUCUCGUGAACCGUCGCUCUCUACUUACACCAACCCUCGGGGAGCCGACCCGCCCAGGCCCCAGCCGGCAACACAGGCCUCGAGCGACGACAUCCGAGCAUACCAGUCCUCCGAUAAGAUCUCCGAGAGUCUCAGCAACAUGAGCUUCGACGCCCCCUCAUUUUCGCCUUUUCCCAAGGUCAAGGGCGAUAACAUCCCCCCAACUGAUGAGGAAAAGGAAGAGAUUCUCUGGAACGCGCGCAAGCAUGUUCUUCACUCACAGAAUGUUUCGAUGCAAAUUACAUGGGCGCGCGACGUCCUUACUUGGGCCGACAUUUCCCAAGAGUCCAUGAUACGCGAGUAUGGCGAAAAGGCCCGACCUGCAACGCCCCGCAUAGAACACGAACUCCGAGUCGAUGCAAUCAACAUUAUUACCUACUUGUCGCAGCAAGAACACCCUGAAGCACUCUACAUGCGCUCAAAAUGGCUCGAGUUUGGCAAAUUUGGUAACCGUGUUGACAAGCGCGAGGCUUAUAUCGGCUACAAGCGCGCCGCAGAACUCGGUCAUGGACGAUCCGAGUAUCGCAUGGGCAUGUUGUAUGAGCAGUCGAAUGACAUGUCCAAGGCGAAGGAGCAUUACUAUCGCGGCCUUUCCCUUAAGGACUCAGCCUCAUUGUACCGAAUGGGCAUGAUGAGCCUUUUAGGCCAACAUGGCGAGACAAAAGAUUACUCGACUGGCCUGGAGCGGAUACAGGCCGCUGCCGACAGCUCCGACGAAGACGCCCCUCAGGGUGCUUAUGUUUACGGUAUGCUCAUAGGACGCGACUUACCGGACAUCACAAUCCCUGAGGGCUUAUUGCCUAACAACCCAUUGACGACCAAGAUGUAUAUCGAGAAGUCGGCUUAUCUUGGGUUUGCUAAGGCCCAACUCAAGAUGGGACAAGCAUACGAACUCUGCCAGUUCGGAUGUGACUUCAACCCGUCGUUCUCCCUUCACUACUACGGUCUAGCAGCUAAGCAAGGUCUCCCCGAGGCAGCCCUCGGUGUGAGUCGAUGGUUCCUCUUUGGCUACGAGGGUGUUUUCAAGAAGAACGAGUCGCUCGCGUACAAGUAUGCUCAAGAGGCUGCUGCCGCUAAGCUACCGACAGGAGAAUUUGCCUUGGGUUACUACAACGAAAUAGGAAUCCAUGUUGAGAAGAGCUUGUCAGAAGCUAGAAAGUGGUACCAGCUGGCCGCCGAUCACGGCAAUCAAGACGCUCUUGGCCGACUCGAUUCUCUGGACGAGAAUAACACUCUGUCCAAAUCUGACCACGAAACUACCACACUGACCCGCAUCAAGUCGCAACACGGAUCCCAGCGAGGCAAGCGUCCUGAUCGCUUCAAGCAGCCACAGCAAAUGCCUACUCUCAGUGAAGGGAGUGCCCCUGCUUCACCUUCACUAGACGGACCAGGUUACCCCAAGCCACAGGAUCCGCAGUCCAAUCCUUCUCUCGGAAUACGGCCGACCAUCGUCUCGGAGCACGUUAACUUCCCAGAUCCCUCGCGGGCUUCUUUUGUACUCCCUGCGGCAACAGACAGACCUCCUGCCUUCAAUGUUAGGUUGGAUGCCAACCAAGGCCCAAUGCGACCCCAAUCGGCAGCUCCCUACCCCGAAGAUGACCGGCCACCACCCCUAACAGUUCGUUCCAAGUCCACCGCACCUUACCCAGAGGACGAUACCCAAGGUCCUACCUCUCCUCGUUUCAACCAAGGCGGACGCAUGGGACCUCCUUCAGGACCCCCUUCAGAUCGCCCAUCAAGUGCUUUUGGCAUCAAGCCACAAUCAGGUGGUCCUCGUCCUAUGCCGCAAUCCCAGUCGAUGGGUAAUCUUCACCCUGGAGGCCCAGGAGGUCCUGGCCGACCCGACCCUCGCAACAGAGCUGCAUCCACUGGAUGGGAAGGCCAACAAGGACCUGGAGGGCGUCCUUCUCCCUACCCAGAAGACAACGGAGCACCGUACGGUGGAAUACAAAAGACACCUACUGGUGGCCAAUACUCGCCGGGCUUGCAAAAUCCUCAGUCCCAAAACUAUGAACGCUUCUCGCGCGUACCUGGAGCUAGUGGGCGCCCCGAGCGUGGGAGCUCUCUUCCCCAGAAUCAGCAGCAACAGCAGCAACAAUUACCACCUCAGGCGAACCGACCCCCACGGACGUCAAGUGCUCAGCCACCAAUGGUGUCUGGGGGUGUUGGCCCGGGCGGCAGGCCGUCUCCGGGACCUUAUGGCGGACCCCAAGGAGGGCCUCAAGGGGGCCCAUCUGGUCCUCCAAGAACUGGAAGUGCACCCCCAUCACAGUUCCAGCGGCCCGAUAACAGGCCGAGCCCUGCUCCCAGCGCUGCAACGAUGCCACCAAAGGGAGCAGGCAAACAGGGACCUGCAACAUUUGAAGAUAUGGGUAUUCCACAAGGAAAACAGGACAGUGACUGUAUCCUCAUGUAA